AUGCGUUCAAAUGAAAAUUUAUUUGCGAAUCGGUUCCUUUAUACUGUUAAUUUUCUACAUCUAAAAUUUCUUCUUUUUCUUUUUCUUCUUUUUCUUUUUCUUCUUCUUCUUCAAAUUCUUCUGAUUAUUCUUCGGAUUCUUCUUGUUCUUCUUCUUCGGAUUCUUAGGAUUCAUCUAUUUCUUCUUCGGAUUCUUUGUUCAAAUUCUUCUUCGGAUUCUUCUUCAAAUUCUUCUUCUUCGGAUUCGUCUGAUUCUUCUUCUUCAAAUUCUUCUUCGGAUUCUUCUUCUUCUUCGGAUUCUUCUUUAAAUUCUUCUUCGGAUUCUUCUUCUUCAAAUUUUUCUUCUUCAAAUUUUUCUUCUUCGGAUACUUCUUCGGAUUUUUUUCUUCUUCGGAUUUUUUUCUUCUUCGGAUUAUUCAAAUUUUUCAAAUUCUUCUUCUUCGGAUUCUUCUUCGGAUUCUUCUUAACCUGA